AUGAAGUUAGUCAGGUUUUCUACCAUAUCUAUUCGUGGCAUGACGUGCAAUUCAUGUGUCCAGCUUAUAGAAUCAGUCAUCAACAAGCAGUUCAAUGUGAUUUUUGUCAAUGUCUCCCUUAAAUUUGAACGCGCGAUUAUUAUCUACGAUGAAGAAAGCAGUAUCACUCCUGAGUGUCUUGCAACCACCGUCAAUAAUAUGGGUUUUGAAGCAAAACCAAUUUUUUACGAAAUGGAGACAUUUCCUGAAUGUUUGGAUAAAACCAGUGGUAAAGCUUUAGAGACGUGUUUAUAUGUUGAAGACCUCAUUUCCACUGACUGUGAAGAUAGAAUUAAUCAAUCUCUUGUAUGUUUACCUAAUAUAGUCACUUUUCGGAUUAAUACAUCAUCAUCUACUGUAGAAAUAUGGCACUUACAGCAAGUAACAACAUCUGAUUUGAUAGAUUGUAUCAGCAAGGCAGGAUUUAAGGCUAUUACGAAACCUCAAACAGUUUCUAUGUGCACAAACAUUUCAACUUCAAAUAACAGUAGAAUUCCAUCAUCAAUAAAAUCUGAAUGUCUGUCAACUAUUCAUCUAUCUAACAAAGCGAAUUUGCAAAGUUUUCAUCAAAAUCUUUUGAUUGUCAAAGUUGACGGAGUAAUUAAUACUAUUAAAUUACAUGAACUACUUCAAGCAUAUCUUGAUUCCAUGAAUCUUUCAAACUGUGAUUUGCACGUUUUGGCUUCGUCUCAGAAUGGAAUGUUGUUAACUAUCAAUAUUUUAUCUCCUAUUCCUUGUGACUCUUCAAAUAAAGGUGCUCGGCUAGUUACAGUUGAUUUAAUGAAACAAAUUUCUGACUUUUUAACUUCUAAACAAUAUCCAGCUGCUCGAAUAAAAUUAAUUAAUUCAGUUACAAAUAAUUCUGAAGUGUAUAGCGUUUCUAACCAUGGUGAUCAAAAUGCGACAAAUGAUCACCCUUCUAGAGACUAUACAAGUAAACUGGAUAGUUACGAAAUCACUGUUUCCAUAUACGGAAUGCACUGCCAUUCAUGUGUACGAAAAAUUGAAUCGUAUUUCAAGGAAGAAUCAGUUAAGCAACUGUACAAUAUAAAGAAUUGUUCUGUUUCACUAUCAGAUAAAGAGGGCAAAUUCACACUGGCGAAGAAUUCAAAGGUACAAGCGUUAACCCAGGAUGAUUUGGUUCACAUCACUUCAGAUCUAUUGGAGAUUAAUGUUGAUAAAAUUCAUUUAGAAGUACAAAAGCUUGGGUUUCAAACAUCAUCUGUUACAAGUAAUUCAGCAAAUGUGGACAUUCUUCCUUCUGAUCAAAAUGAUCAACUACAACUUUCAACUAGAGUAAAUUAUUUAUCUGAAGUUCCAUUAAACGAUUAUCUACCUAACACCAUUCCAUAUUCAUCGUCAUCAUCAUUACUAUUAUCUAAAAAAAAUUUGUGCACAAAUCCUACUACUACCACUACUACGUUAUCCAACUCUGAUGGUCAUGUAUCAACAUCCUUAUCAUAUCAAACUAAUGAAAUAAAUUUAAAUGUACAUCAUAAGAAAUGUUAUUUACAUGUUACAGGAAUGACUUGUAGUUCAUGUGUACAUAAUAUUGAACAGAAUUUAUUAAAAUUAAAAGAAUUAGGUUUUUCUGCAACAUUAUUAGAACAACAUGAUAAUUUACAUGGAAAUACUGGACGGGGAACCAUUCAUUUCACGAUCCAUGAACUAUCAGCUACUCCUUCUGAAUGUACAACAAUUGAAUAUACACUAAACAACAUUAAAGGUGUAUAUAGUGCUUCGUUAGACUUAAAAACAAAAUGUCUUCGUAUUGUAUACAAUCUGAAUGAAAUUGGACCUCGUGAUCUGAUAAAACAAAUUGAAAAUUUAGGUUAUCAACCAGUUUUAUGUCGACCUGAACAGAAUGUGCAUGAAUCAAGUUCUUUACUUAGAUGGCGUAGUUCAUUUUAUUUCAGUUUAGUUUUUGCUGUUCCAACAAUGAUGAUUAUGAUUAUUUUCAUGUUAUUAUGGCCACAUUAUGUACCAGAAAGUUGUCCAGUACAUUUUCGUGAAAUAUCAAUUAAUGGUCAACAACAACAGAAUGUUCUAAAUAAUUCAAAUAUUACAAACGAACAUACAAUACACUAUUUUACUACGCCUAUGAUAAUACCUGGAUUGUCAGUUGAAAAUAUGUUAAUGUUCUUAUUAGCUACACCAAUACAGAUAUUUGGUGGUCGCUAUUUUUAUAUUCAUGCAUACAAAUCAUUAACACAUGGUAUAGCAAAUAUGGAUGUUUUAAUUGUAAUAGCUACGACGAUUUCAUAUUUAUAUUCUGUUGUUAUUUUAUUAAUUGCAAUAUUGAAUCGCUGGCAGCAUAGUCCACGUACUGUAUUUGAAACAUCACCAAUGUUACUCGUGUUUGUUUCAUUAGGUCGUUGGUUAGAGCAUAUUGCGAAGGGUAAAACAUCCGAAGCGCUUACUAAAUUACUCUCCUUACAUGCUAAAGAAGCUACUCUUAUUGACUUAUCACCGACAGAAAAACAGAAAUUAGAAGAUACCUUACAACAGCAAACAAAAAAAUUACCGACAAAUUUAUUUGCUAGUGGGGUUGAAAAACGUAUCCCAAUUGAAUUGGUUCAUCAAAACGAUAUCAUCAAGAUUCUUCCGGGUGAAAAAGUUCCUGUUGAUUCUGUCAUUUUAAUUGGAUCCACAUCAUGUGAUGAGUCGUUGAUUACUGGAGAAAGUAUGCCAGUCGUUAAAAAACCAGGAUCAGAUUUGAUUGGUGGUUCUAUCAAUCUAGCUAGUAUUGUAUGGGCCAAAGCAACUCAUGUCGGCGAGGAUUCAGCCUUAUCUCAAAUCGUUCGUCUUGUUGAAGAGGCACAAACUUCGAAAGCACCAGUACAACAGCUUGCAGACAAGAUUGCUGGUUAUUUUGUUCCAUUUAUUUGUUUAGUGUCAUUGACAGUUUUUAUUUUAUGGAUCACUUUAGGCUUCUUGGUACCAACAACCAUAAAAGGCUAUGAACCUGGUUGUUCCAUUCCCCUGUUAGCUAUUGAUCAUGCUUUUCGUAUGGCUAUCACUGUAUUAACCAUAGCUUGUCCAUGUGCUCUUGGCUUAGCCACACCAACAGCAGUGAUGGUAGCUACCGGGACUGGUGCAUUAGCUGGUAUAUUAAUAAAAGGUGGUCAACCUUUAGAGAAUAUGCAUAAAUUAACUACAAUAUUAUUUGAUAAAACUGGAACAAUCACUCAAGGUCGACCACAAGUUAUCCGUAUUGUUAUGUUUAUACCACCUAAUGGUGAAAUGGAGAGAUCCACAGAAGUAAACAAAUACCAAUCACCAGAUCAAAGUUCACCAUUAUCAAUCUCUUCAUAUAAACCACAACUCUGUUCAAACAUAUCACCUAGUCGAUUUUUAUAUCUUAUCGCCAGUGCAGAAUCAACAGUACAACAUCCUCUUGCAAAUGCUCUACUUAUUAUAGCACGUACAUUUCGUCGAUUUGCAUUAUCAUUUAAUUUAGAUGAAUUAUUAUUAAAUACAUCAAAAGAUGGAGUAAAUUAUCAGAAUACUUAUAAUAGUAAAAUGAAUUAUGAUUUAUCUAAUGACUUUGCAAAGAUUUCUCAAAUUAGAACUUCAUCUGGACUAGGUGUUCAAUGUAAUGUUGAUCUAUUACCGUAUGAUUGUCCACCAGGUCCGGCAUUGCCGAAGCCUUUAGAUGUUAGAAGUAAUAGUUUCAGCAAUCAGUACACUGAAUUAGAUAUUAAUGCAGCGUUACAAAUGAAAUUAACUUACAUAUCAUGUAUGUGGCCGACAAAAAAUACACCUUCUACUGAGAAUAAUCUUGUUAAUGGGGAUCAUGAUGAAUUGAAUGAUAACAAUAAUAUUAGUUUUCAAAAGUUUAAUGAUCUGUUGUCUGAUCAAUCUAUGACGUAUCCGGCUAGUUCUCAUUCUACAGUCAAUGAAUUAGAUGAGUAUCAGGCAUUGGGAGAUUGCAAAGAAAGUGUGCAACAGAAAAUUAGUACAAACAAUGAUAUCAUCACUUCUCAACAGCAACAGUAUAGACACUUUUUAAAUGGAUCAGAAAGAAUUGAAUGGGCAGACUCCACUAAAGGUGGUGUUCAUUCUGUACUGAUUGGUAAUCGUGAAUGGCUAAAACAAAACAACGUAAUAUUGCCCAUCAUUUUAUCCAAUGAAUACCUACCGGAUGGACGUGAAUCAAAUCGUCAAACUGCUGGCUAUUGUAACAUCCCAACAUUGGACUCACUAGUUUCAGCUGAUGAGUCUCAAGGUCACACAGUCGUUUACGUCGCCAUUGAUAAUAUUCUGGUCGGUCUAGUAACAAUUUCUGAUCCAAUUAAACCGGAAGCUGAUUUAAUUGUUGCUGCACUACGCCAUCGUGGUAUGCGUGUAGCUCUAUUAACUGGUGAUAAUUAUCGUAGUGCUAAUGCAGUCGCACAACAAAUCGGUAUUGAUGAAGUUUAUGCUGAAGUGUUACCUGGUCAUAAAGCGGAUAAAAUAAAAGAAUUACAAAAUUGUACAACUGUUCGUAGAAGAAAUAAGAGAAAUUCUACUAUGAUGUCGAUGACGAAGAUUAGAAAUAAAAGACAGAAUAAAAUGAAGACAACGAAAGGUUGUAUUUCAGAUAAUACUGAUUGUGUAACUAACAUUGUUGGAGAUGAACCGAAUUGUCAAAUCUUCAAUUCGAAUAUAUCAAAUAAGCCAAAUCAUUCCAAACUCAAAUCAUUAAAGAAAACGAUUCCAAAUAAUAAUAAUGGUAAUUCAUCUUGUCAUAUAGAAAAUGAAUUGAAUUUAUCCAAUGAAGAAUUAACUGAUGAUGAAUUUAAUCAUACUAUUCAAAGUACACAGGGUAAAUAUAAUGAAAAAUCUGUAAAAACUACUUUAUCUAUUCAACAAUUUAUUAAACAGUGUAUUAAUGUAAUAUGCUGUUUUACUAGUCAACAUUAUAAUUAUUAUUCUACUUUUGUAAAAUCAUCAAAUUCUUUAACAAAACAUCAAAAUAAUUCUUUUCAUCAACGUCAAAUAGAACGUCAUCAUAAAAUGAAAUAUCGAAAAAAUAAUUUACGUGUAUCACUUAAAAAAUCUCAACGUCAAUAUGUUGCAAUGAUUGGUGAUGGUGUUAAUGAUAGUCCUGCAUUAGCUCAAGCAGAUGUCGGUAUAGCUAUUGGUUGUGGUGCAGAUGUUGCUGUUGAAACUGCUGAUGUUGUACUUAUACGUAAUUCAUUAAUUGAUGUAGUUGGUGCUAUUGAUUUAUCGAAAAAAACUGUACGUCGAAUACGAUGUAAUUUUAUUGCUGCUACAUUAUAUAAUCUGAUAGGAGUACCUGUUGCUGCAGGUUGUUUAAUGCCAUUCGGCAUCGAAUUGACACCAUGGUUUGCAUCAGCUGCAAUGGCAGCUUCAUCUCUUUCUGUCAUAUUUCUUUCAUUGCUUUUAAAACGUUGGCAAAAGCCAACUCCAGCAUCUCUUAUCUGUCCAGAAUAUGUGAAAUUCCUUAAUUCACGAUCAUAUGAAGCUAAGAUUAAAUCCGGACAAAGACGUGAUAGCCAACUUUCAUCAGGACUGCAUAGUUUGACCGAUAAAGUAUUAUCAUUACGUGAUAAUUUACGCACUGUACUUACUCGUCAUCGUAUUUCACCAAUACACACUAAUAUUGAAGCAGUGGAUAAUCAAAAUUUACUCGAUACCUACAAUAAUGACGGUGACAAUGAAUCUGAAGAUGAAAUAAUGAAUACACAAAAUCCUUUAAUUGAAAAGUCAUUUAUUUCAUUAGGUACACAAAAUUUUACUGAUAAUCAGAACAAUAUUUCUCUGGAAAUGCGAAAAGCGCGUAGCUGGAGUUCUCGAACAUGUCGAUAAUCAUUUCUAUCAUAUUUUUCCAAAGAUUAGUUUUCUCUGUUUUUGUAUCGUUUGAU